AUGGAUCAAGUCAAUGAACUCGAAGUAUUACAUUGUAACUUAGAUAAGUCAAAGAACAGUCAACAUGAAUUUAUUCUCUCUUUUAUGGCCGGCCAAUUCCAGAUAGCUUUGGUGUCAGAACCUUAUGUUGGAUCUGGAAAUAUUGUUAAAUCCAUCCCUGGUAUCAACAUAUUUCAGUUUUCCAAUGGUAACAGGGUUAAGGCGUGCAUAAUGACAAAAUCUAGUUGUGGUUCCGUACUGGGUCUAUCCCAAUUUUCGUCAGCUAACCUUAGCGCGGUUCAAUUAAAUAUUGGGGGCUGUAAACUAUACAUAGCAUCUGUUUAUAUCGAACCUAAUAGUGACGAUCACAAUACAUUGCAACGGUUAGACAACUUUUUGAAAAUGACCAGUAACUGCCAUCAGCUUGUUGGAGGCGAUUUUAACGGUUGGCACCCUAUCUGGGGUAGCGAACGGGCAAACUCGCGGGGAAAUGAAGUUGUUGACAUCGUUUAUGGCAACGACAUGUUUUUGUGUAAUAGAGGUCAUACCCCUACUUUCGAGACAGUAUCUUAUGGGCGAGUGCGCAGCUCUUAUAUUGAUCUUACACUUGCUUCUAGCUCUAUAUAUGACCGGAUUACAGACUGGAAAGUGGAUCCUUCAAUCUGUUUGUCUUCUGAACACAGGGCGGUGAUGUUCUCUGUCACUACUCAUGGUAAAAGGAGAAAAACCAACAAAACAACCAGUACGUUCAGAUACAAUACGAAUAAUAUAAAAUGGGAAGAACUAAGGGCUUCCUUUGAAGCCAAAAUUAAGGAACAUGUACCACAAAAUGUUAUGGUUGAACAGAUGCAGCCAAAUGAACUUGAAAAUUACAUGAUCACAGUUACAUCGGCAAUUCAAAAAACAUGUGAUGAGCUACUCCCAAGGUCAACUGGUCGAAAAUACCGUUGCCCUUGGUGGACAGAUGAACUUGAAUGUCUCAAAAAACAAGUUAUACGUAACCAUCAUAACAUACAAAAACUGCGCCGACAAAAUAAACCACUUGAAGAUGCCCUAUUGGAAAAAGAACGCUUAAAAACUGCUAACUCAAAAACCUUCCGUGAAACUUCCACGCGAAACUUCAGAGACUUUUGUGAAAGGCAAGGGAAGGAGGAUGUAUGGUCCGUUACAAACAGAAUUAUUAAAUCGAGCCCACCUGCGCUACCACCAGCAACCCUAAAGAAAAGCGAUGGUUCUUACACCACCACCAGUCUGGAAACUGCCCAAGCUCUUCUUGAUAAAUUUUUCCCCGAUGAUGACCUAAAUGAUACAACAAAACAAGAAAAUGCCCGAAACCUAGCAACUAUCUCACCAAAUACUCCAGAUGAACCCCCUUUUACCUACGAAGAAAUUCUCAGUAGCUUAAAUAGUAUGAACCCGAAAACAGCACCCGGCAUGGACCAUCUUACUUCUGAUAUUUGCUUAUUAUUUGUCAAAAGCUUCCCAGAUCUCACCACUUCAGUAAUUAACCGUUGUUUCAAACUCGGAUAUUUUCAGAAAUUUGGAAGAAAGCUUUCAUUAAAAUUCUCCCUAAGCCUCGCAAGAAUGACUACCUAA